GGCUGCUCUCCCCCCCCCCACGAUUUCACACCAAUGAGCAUGCCGCGUGUAGCUCUCACUCUCUGGCAUCAGAAACACUAGAUAUCUUCAGUUCCGAGCUGUACAGAUUUAUACAAAUACACACCAGCAUUGGCUAGACGGAGGCUGCUUUCUGCCAAAACACACGUUGGGGAUAAGCAGUGACGAAUAAGAAGGGGAGAAGGAGUCCAGCAUCUCUCGCACACAGCAGACUCAAGGAUCAGUACCAUGAAGACCAGACUAGGCUGCCUGUCCAACAAAUCGGACUCCUACAGCGACUUCUCCGAGUUCCUGCCUCCUACCCACGAAACUACUGCCAGGUGUCCUAAAGUAUCAACGGAUGAGGUUGUUCGAUGGUCAGAAUCGUUUCAUCAUCUCCUUUCUCACAAAUAUGGCCUCGCUGCCUUUCGGACAUACCUCAAGACGGAGUUCAGUGACGAGAAUAUCGAGUUUUGGAUGGCCUGCGAGGAGUACAAAAAAAUCAAAAGCUCAACCAAGCUUGUGUCAAAAGCAAACAAAAUCUUUCAGGAGUUCAUUGAUAUUCAGGCGCCCAGAGAGGUAAACAUUGACUACCGCACCAGGGAAAAGACCAAGCAGAGUCUGGAGGAUCCGUCCCCAACAAGUCUCAACGAAGUCCAAGCUAAAGUCUACGGCCUCAUGGAGAAAGACUCGUACCCACGAUUCCUCAGGUCCAAGAUGUACCAGGAUAUAAUCAAAAGGGCGCAAGCACAAGGCCAGCGAAGGUCUGUUUGACUGAAUUUGAUGAAGACCACAGCCGACACAACACUGGACCUACACUGUAAAUCACUCAGUAACCCUUUGACAUCAUCUCUGAAUACUGUGAAUCUGCAAGGAUGAUGCGACAUGCUUGACUGUUUUCUUUUGUCUACACCAGCUCCAUGCAUGCAAUCCCUGUAGAAAAGACGUGUCUUGGUGGACUGCACUGUACAGUAUAAAGGAGGAGAUUUGAUGAGGAUAAGCUAAUUGUUUUAACUCUACUCAGUACUGGGCGAUAUGUUUGAAAAUAUUAUGUUUGCACUCAAGAAUACACUUUCAACUUUCAACAAAAACUGAAUUCAGAAAAAUGUUCCACUAUUGUUAGACGAGUACUCUAACCAUGGAGUUAAGGAUUACCUUUGACAGAUGUUAGCUGUUUGUGGUCUUUUGUUGGGGCAUGACCAAUACAUUUAAUACCGCAGAUUCUUCAAAUCCUCAAGAAAGAAGUCUAUUGGGAUAAAUACCGUUAUCGUUUUAUCGCCCAGAACUACCUCUGCUUAUCUUCAGUUCUUUGUGAAAUAGACACCUUCGUACGCAGGUCACUAGACCUGUUGUGGUAGUUUGUGUGUUUACAACAAAUGAUGAAGUGAGUGACUUAAUAUCUGAAACUGUGCCAAAGUAGAUUGCACUUAGAGAUUGAUAUAGCUACAUAUUACUGUGUAUUGUAAACUUUUCCAGGUAUGACAUUACAUGUGGAGUAUAAUGAAGGGUUGAGUUUUUUUUUUUUUUUUUUUUUUCUUCAAUUCACUACUAUUCAGGAAGUGGAAAUGUGCUUUUAUCUCUGUUGAAUCUGUUCUAUAUACCAAUGUAUACAGUGCAUGGACCAAUCAUCCCUUGCCAGCCAGAAUUCUAUAGUAAUUAGAUUUGAUUUAAGCUAUGUCAUUGCACUAAAAUACCACAUUAAAUGUUUCAUUGCAUGAUCAACAUUGGAUUUAAAAUGACUCAUAAUUUACAUACAAGUUUGGAAGUGCUGAUUAAAAAGUAAUUGAAAUACCUUACACAAAAAGAAAUUGUUGUUUAUUACAAAACUAAUUUGCUGAAAUGUACAGCAUUCUCAGCAUUCAGUGAUUCAUUAAACUGAAUAUUGGCCUCCUGCCAGUAGUGACUUGAAUGCCCAACCCCCAUGGAAUAUGUUCUGAGGUAUAACGUGUUGUGUACAUUUCCUAAAUAAUUUUCAGCAUGAUGGAAUACUCAGAAUAACUAUUUAGAUAUCCUUUAACUUGAUCAGUAUUUUAUGAAAAUGACUGCAAAAAAUAAGUCCCUACAUGACAAUGUAUUUGAAAUGUGCUCCCUCAACAUUUGAUAAGAUUUCAGGGGAGACAAAUAUUUUUCUUUUUUGCAUGUGUACUGUGAAGGCCAAACUGUUGAAAUACAACAAAUCUGGCUCAACAACAUAUCACCCUAUAUGCUAUGUAAUUGUGUUCCACAUGAAUGUAACUUCCCCCUUAUAUUUUGUGAUUAAAAAUUAAUCUGCAUCU